AUGUGCACUGAAGAGGACUAUAUCGAUGAACUUGAUGCCGAUUUCGGUGAAGAAAGCAGUGCUGAAGAAGACGUAGCGCAAAUCCGGGAGACUAUGAAAGGAAAUGAUCAAACAAAAGAGUGUGACCCAUUCACAAUUUUACAAGAUAUUAUAGAAUCAUACAAGACGUUGCCACAAGUAAGUCCGGACGAAUUACCUCUAUCAGAGAUAUCACAAAUUUCACCAAAAAUUGUCAAAAUAAAAAAAGUUCUAGAACAGGAGGAUAUCGAUUUCAUAAAGAUGCUGCCGUGCUUAAACGCCAUCGUUCCACUCAUUAAAAACGAUAUAAAAUCAUUGCACAAUUUUCUGAUUCUAUUAUACAGGGACCGUUUCCCUGAACUAUCUUCAUUGAUACCGUCACCGUUACAAUACUCAAAAGUGGUAACAAUACUGGAAAAUGAAAACUGGUCAAGGAAUGAAAGUGACAAGUUAUCCAUUCGUCUAGAAAAUGAGGCAAAUUUGACUAAAGAACAACUUCUUGUCCUAACAAUGUCGUUAAAAACAUCUUUUAAUAAUGAAAAGCCCUUGGUUGAUGAUUCGAAGAAGCUGGUUUUUGAAGCUGGCAGCAUGCUGUAUAAUUUAUGGGAACUACAAAAAGAUGUUGGUCAAUAUGUAACCUCGAAGAUAUCACUUAUUGCCCCUAAUAUGUGUUUUUUGGUAGGUUCAGAAGUAACAGCCCAAUUAUUGGCACAUGCAGGGGGGGUUUUGGAAUUCAGCCGAAUUCCAAGUUGCAACAUCGCAUCUAUUGGGAAGAGUAAGCAUCUUUCACACGAGUUACAUACCUCAGAGAGCGGGGUACGACAAGAAGGAUAUUUAUUUAAUACAGAGCUUAUUCAAGAUUUUCCAAUUGCCAUCCAUAAACAAAUGUUAAGGAUUCUAUGCGCAAAAGUAACUCUUGCAGCAAGGGUCGAUGCAGGCCAACGAUGUGGUGAUACAAAUGCACUUCUAGGCCAGAAAUGGAAAGCUGAAUUAUUAGAAAAAGCCAAGAAGUUAUCAGAGGCUCCCAGCAUUGCUGAAACGAAGGCUUUACCUAUACCAGAGGACCAACCCAAAAAGAAAAGGGCAGGCAGGAAAUUUAGAAAGUACAAAGAAAAGUUUAGGCUAUCCCAUGUUAGACAAUUGCAGAAUAGGAUGGAGUUUGGUAAGCAAGAACAAACUGUUCUUGAUACUUUUGGCGAGGAAGUAGGCUUGGGUAUGUCAAGUACUUCAUUACAGCAAGCCAUAGGCGCCACGUCCGACGCUAGAAGGUUUGCAGGCAACCAGGCUAAGCUAACAAAGGUAAUGAAACAUAGAAUUUCCGAGGCCAAUCAACAGACUGAUGAAUACCUGAUCUCGUUAGGCCAUGACGCAGAGCACAUCGACCAGUCACAGUGGGCAGGCCAAGAACCUAAGAAGCCGCGCACCAACCCAAAGAGAGACCAAGAUUGGUUUUCACAUCAUCUAUAA